GCUCUCCAAGAGUAAAGUUCGAAAAGUAAACUUCCCUCUGCUCAUUUCAUUUGCAGUUUUCUUUGGUGCAAGACCCAAUCAAACCCCCUCUCUCUCUCUCUCUCUCUCUCUCUCUCUCUCUUGUGAGGAAGAAGAAAAAGAAGCAAAACCCAUCUUCGGAUUUCAAUUUCCUCUGAAACCCAGAUCGAAUUGAUUCUCAUUUUCUUCUCAAAAUUUCAUCUUUGAAUCACCAAAGAAAAAGGUUUGAUCUUUGGUCAUCUCCUCUCUUUCCUUUUGAAACUUCUGGUGCUUGGCAGAAAACUCUCUGUUCCAGAGCUGAAAGCAAAGACUCGGACAGCGAUUUGAGGGGGGGAAACCAUUUUUUUUCCCGCAAUAAAAAAUGAGAGACUUAGUGUCGUGUUUCAGCGAGAACUCGAUCAACGUGACGAACCCAUCAUGUUCAAACUACAGCAGCAACGCUUGUAUCUCUCCAGCUUUAUCCCCCUCUGUUCAAACCUCCAUUACGAGCAUCUACAGAAUCACCAUCGGAUCAUCAUCAUCAUCAUCAUCAUCACCAUCAUCAUCUCGUAAACAUCUCUUGAUCAAUGUCACUUGGUGCAAGAACAACACGAAUCCCGCCAACCAAGGCCUCAGCAUAGGAGUUUUCGCCCACGACAACAACCCCUCGACGUGUCUGAAACUCAACACCAAUUCCAGGUUCUUCCGCAAGAAGAAAGGCAGCAAAGUCCUCGAAUCCGAUCUCGGCAAGAUCGAGGUUCUAUGGGAUCUCUCCUCGGCUAAGUACGACAACCUCGGAGGACCCGAGCCUGUCGAAGGGUUCUACGUCAUUGUCCUCGUUGAUGCAGAAUUAGGGUUAGUUCUUGGAGCCUCCGCAGAGGAAGCUCUGUUCAAGAAACUGAUAAAGUGCUCAUCCGGAGAUUUCUCCUCGGCAAUCGCCAAGAAUUGUCUGGUCUCGAGACAAGAACACUUCUCGGGAAACACCCUUUACUCGACGAGGGCCAAGUUCGCGGAAACUGGGAUUUCCCACGAGAUUCUGAUCAGAUGCAGCGGGGAAACAGAGGGUCUGAAACAGAACGCUCAUGACGACAAUCAACAUCGGAACCAUGGUAAUCAUCACCAUCAUCCUGUUUUAUCGGUUUGUAUCGACAAGAAGACGGUGAUCAAGGUGAAGAGAUUGCAGUGGAAUUUCAGAGGGAAUCAGACGAUUUUCGUGGACGGGUUGUUGGUGGAUCUGAUGUGGGAUGUCCAUGAUUGGUUCUUCAGCAGCAAUCAGGGGAGCUCGUCUUCAGGAAGUGGGAAAGCUGUGUUCAUGUUUCGGACAAGAAGUGGAAUGGACAGUCGGCUCUGGUUGGAGGAGAAGAUGAUGAAGAAGGAACAGAACAACCUUGACUUCUCUCUCCUCAUCUAUGCCUGUAAGACCUAGAUUGUUUUUUUUCUCUCUGUUACCAUGAGUUUUCUUGGCUUUUUGGGUUUCAUUUCUUCUUGAAAGAAGUAAAGAUUUUUACAUUCUUUUUUUUUGUUGGAGUUGUGAUUCAUUUAUAUUGAGAAAAUUUCAGAAAUGGGCAAUUUA